AUGGCACGCAAGUGGAGAAAUAUCCCCCCGCCUUCUCGUCUGUCCCAAAUCUUGGCGCACCUCAAGCAGGAGCCGCGUCCGGUGCUCACGAACCUGAAGAGCCUCCACCUCACGUAUGCGUCCCGGAACAACCACUUCGGUGCACGACAUUUUGUGAAGGACGACCUUCCGCGGAUACGCCACGCGAACCCCUCCCUGGACAUCAAGGUGGACAGGCUGCCCGUGACGAAGGAGGACACCCUGGAGCCAAAAAUGGUCGUAGAGCUCGAGAACGGCACCACGCACACCGUGAACAUGGAGGGCAAGUGGUCGAAUACCAUAUUCAGCGAGCUCAUGGACGUCGCCGCCGGGCCUUGGUGGCAGCAGUGGAAGGCCGAGAACCCCAAUGCGCCGCCGACGCCUAUGUCGGUGCCACGGCCGCAAAAGAAGACGGGGGCCGCGGCCGUGCUGCCAUGA